AUGAGUGCACCGCGCAACCUAAGUACUGCCUCUGGCAUGCACCGCAAAUCGGUCGCAGAGGAACCCGUCACCUCGGUUCUUGCGCCUGGAGAGAUCCCGAUCUUGGAUCAAGACUUGACCGCCGAUGAGGAGAUUCUGGCAGCUCUGGGUUACAAACCCGAGUUUAAACGCGAAUUCUCUCUAUGGACCUCCUUUUGUGUUUCUUUCGCCGUCCUCGGCCUGCUGCCGUCCUUUGCCUCGACUAUCUACUAUGGCAUGGGUUACGCGGGCACUCCUGGUAUGGUUUGGGGAUGGUUGAUUGCAAUGGCAUUCAUCCAAUGCGUCGCAAUGGGAAUGGCUGAACUCUGCUCCUCCAUGCCUACUAGCGGAGGCCUCUAUUAUGCCUCAGCUGUCCUGGCACCUCCAGGAUACGGCCCUCUUGCUGCAUGGAUCACCGGAUGGUCGAACUGGCUCGUCCAAAUCACCGGUGCCCCUUCCGUCGAUUACGCUCUGGCUUCGAUGAUUCUGGCUGCGGGGUCCAUCAACGACCCUUCUUAUGUUCCCCAAAACUACCAGGUCUUCCUUUUGACCACUCUGAUUAUGAUUCUCCACGCCGCUAUCUCCUCGAUGCCAACCCGGUGGAUUGCGACCUUCAACUCCUACGGUAGCACAUUCAACAUCAUUGCGUUGGUGAUUACAAUCAUCGCCAUCCCAGCCGGGACCAAUCGCACUGAGCAAGGGCUGCCACGGUUCACCAAAAGCAGCACGGUUUGGGGGAAUUUCUAUGAAGGAACUGACUUCCCAAACGGCGUGGCUGUUCUCAUGUCCUUCAUUGCUGUCAUCUGGACCAUGUCAGGAUAUGACGCCCCCUUUCACCUGUCGGAAGAAUGCAGCAAUGCCAACAUUGCCAGUCCUCGAGCCAUUGUCCUGACUUCAGGAGUGGGUGGUUUGAUGGGUUGGUUCUUGCAAUUGAUCGUGGCAUAUACCGUGAUCGAUAUCGACGAAGUCCUCGAUUCCGAAAUCGGCCAGCCUUGGGCUUCUUACUUGAUGCAGGUCUUGCCCAAGAAUACCGCCUUGGCCCUUUUGGCAAUGACCAUCGUUUGUGGAUUCUCCAUGGGUCAAGGUUGCAUGGUCGCUGCGUCGCGAGUCACUUACGCCUACGCACGCGAUGGCUGCUUCCCAUUCUCAAAUCUCUGGAAGCAAGUCCAUCCCUGGACGAAGACACCUGUCAACGCUGUAUGGUUCAAUUGUGUCAUAGGCAUUCUUUUGACCUUGCUUCUCUUUGGGGGAGAGGCAUCCAUCGGUGCCAUUUUCAGUGUUGGAGCCCUGGGGGCAUUUGUGGCCUUUACUAUCCCUAUCACGAUCCGUACUUUCUUUGUGGGCGGCCGGUUUCGACGUGGUCCCUGGCAUCUGGGCAAAUUCUCCUAUCCUAUUGGUGUUGCAUCUACUUGCUUCACCUUGCUCAUGAUUCCCAUCCUUUGCCUGCCGAGUGUGACCGGGUCGGACUUGGACGCCUCCUUGAUGAACUGGACCUGCCUUGUCUGGGGUGGUCCGAUGUUGAUGGUGCUGGUUUGGUGGGUUGUCGACGCCCAUAAGUGGUUCACCGGACCCAAAGUCAAUGUCGAGCACACCAUGCUUGGGAGAGACGGCAACGUUCUUGAAGCCAAAGAAGGAGGGUCAGAUACCGGCUCGCAAACCUCUCCCGCUCCUGCCAAGGAGGUGGGUAAGGAUUCUGAAGUGUAG